AUGUGGCGGCUCGGGUUCGAUUCUCCUCCGGACUACGACGAUCACCAGGGCUACUGCGGAGGCAAAGAUGCACUUUGGAAAAGAUUUGAUGGGAAGUGCGGGGUGUGUGGAGAUCCUUACUUCCCUUUGCCCCGCCCACACGAGCGAGGUGGACAGUACUAUGAUGGCACGCCCACUCGUGUGUACCAGCAGGGAGAGCUCAUCAAGGUCACCAUGGGGAUCACAGCCAAUCACAGAGGCUGGGUUGAGUUCCGACUCUGCAUCUACGACAAGCCUCGUUCUGGUGACCUGGAGUUCGAUUCCGAUGGAGACUUCGUGGAAGUGACUCAGGAGUGCUUGGAUAGACAUCUGCUCCGACUGGAAGACGGAAGUACCAGAUUUGAGCUUCCCGAGCCCUACGCCUCCCGUGAGUACACAGUGAACGUGCGGCUGCCUCGUGGUGUUUCCUGCAAGAAGUGUCUCUUCCAAUGGAAGUGGAAUGUUGGCAACAGUUGGGGAACUGACCAUGAUGGUACUUCAUGUAUCGGCUGUGGCGAGCAGGAACAGUUUUACGCGUGCUCAGAUAUCGUCAUCGAACCACGUGACGGCUCGUCUAUACCGGAAGAGGAAGACACACCAGAAGGAAAGGGCAGCGGACGCAGAAGACAGAGACCCCGUCACAGAAACAGGAGACCAGGGAGAAAGAACAAAAACAGAGGAAGGGGUAAAGGAAAAGGAAGAGGGCAUCGUAACCGUAAAGAAGACAACGAUGAAGACGAUGAAGAGGCUGCCACUAAAGCCACAACCGCAGCUACAUCUGUUUCCACAAUAGAGAUAACGGCAACAACGACAACAUCUACUUUUAAACCUAAGACCACGACAAUGAUGAAAGAUACAACUGCUCAUAAUGAUGGGAUGCCGGAAAAACCGGCAAAGGACGAACCGUACUGGUGGUUUAUCGAAAACAUUCCUCUGUUGUUUCACAGCUCUCUGGACAAAAAGGACGAUUCCCCAGACCCGUCAUACUACGUCCCUCACAAACCAACGACAGAGUCCGACUCCGAUUUGCCAGAAAACCCCAAGUUCUGGAAGUGGGUAGAAGCAUUCAGCCCUCUGUUCUCCAACGACAAAGGCCCAGAAUCCUCCGAUCUGCCCGGACGCAGUCGCUGGCUGGACGUCCAAGAAAAGUCCGCCCAUAACGUCCACGCCCACAGAGAGAUGGUAGGACAUGAAGAUGAGAGUGCGGGAAAUGCAGAAAGCCCCUCUGAGAUUCCAUCCUGGUGGGAUAGAAUGGGAAGUAAACUAAACGCUGGAAAUCUUAAAGGGCUGCUCGGCAGGAAGAUGAGGUAUUUUUUGCAUGGAGGGGAAAACCAGCUGGCUUCUGGAGAAAGCAGCUCUUCCAUUCACAGAAGCAGGAGAAGUUUGCCUACUCAGCCAACAGCCAGUUCUGAGGGAAAGAACAAAGAUGUGGAGAAAAGUCUAACCCCCAUUUCAUCUCUUCUUUCGGGCGGGAAUGGAACAAAUACAGCCCAGAAUAUUUCCCAGCCAGACUCUGUUGUAAUUUCCCAAGCAGCUGUUACUCCUAACGCAGUCGACGAUGUAGCAAGUCACACAAACAACAGCACAACAAUUCAACAGCUAAACGCACAUAAUAAGGCCCCAGUAGGUAGGGCGGGCGAGGAACAAACCAGCAAUAGCAACUCGCAGAACCAAAAGAAAUUCUCCAAAUCCACGAAUCCUGUUACAACACCUACCUAUGCUCCUAAAGACACCGUGGUCCUUCACCAGGAAAUUGCCAGACCAGGCAAGGUGAUGAGCGAUCUGAAACUACUUAGAGAUGCUUCUUUCUACAAAGAAGGGCAUGAUAAAUCGGACAAUCAUGACAGUUACCGCAAAGGUUCAUCCAGAUUUGGCAAGAUGCAGUUUGCAAAAGUAGAGCUUGGCCAAGAGGGAGUUCCUUCACAGAACGGCGUUGCAAAAAAUCCGGCGAGUAGGAAACCAGUGGACAUUCAUGAUACAGAUAUUCCCGUUGAAAACACAGCUUCCAAACAUGGGGAGAAGAACAACAACCAAACUGAUAGCGAAAUUGACGUCACAACUUCUCCAAACGAAGGCCGAUGGGUCGGGGUUCCAGCCUGGGGCAGACGUAUAAACGGCCGGCCACACCUGAGACCUCGCUUCCGGUUUUACAGACGUCGUUUAUCUUUGGCUGGACGCGGUCGGAGACCCAGGUUUUGGCGCAGACGUGACGGACAUGUGACCGCUGAGAGGCCAGUGACAGUGGACACAAGCAACGACACUGUCACAGGCGCCAACAACAACAGCACCGACAGCAACAGCAGCACUGUAAACGUUAGCGUGCCCGGCACCGAAGAUGCCACUUUGUCAAAAAUGAGACUGCCAUCUACUUUCGAAAGACUUCUGCUCAGAAAACAAGGAGGUCAGGAAAAAGGUCAAAGGCCGGCCCGCCUUCAGCUGGGAUCGGAAACUAACGACCCCCGCGUUCUGAAGACGAUCCACCAAACAGAGAAAACCAUCAAGAGGACAGAUGCCGUGGUCGUCGAUCCAAAAGACGCGAACAAGGGCAACAGUCAAGGCCCCAGGGGUCAUGUACCUCUCGGACAUACUGCUGGUCAGUUAGGACACCCCUCCGGACGUGGUGUCCACAGAUCUGGGAAUAGUCAGGUGCAAGGGAGCAGAAGGCAUUUUGGCAGAGGGAAAGGUCAAGGAUAUUCAGGAGAGGCCACUGGUAAAUUCCCUAGUGGGUUCGGUAAAUCGGGAUUAGGUAGGCACGGAGCUGGGGGUGAUUACAAAGAAGGUGGAGAAGAAGACUAUGGUGAUUAUGAGGGAAAUGGAAAGUAUUAUAGCUCUGAAGAAGGCAAUGAUGAUUUCGAAUAUUCGAAGAACAAUGAUGGCGAUUAUGAUUAUUCAACGGAUAGUAAUGGAUAUGGCUCAAACAGAAAUGGGAAAUUUGGUUCAGGCAGAAAAGCAGGCUGCGAUUAUAAAACCGAUGAUUAUGGAGAUGAAGAGAAUGGAAUGGGGUUUGGCGGAUACAGUAACGGGAAAUCCGAUUACUACGGCAGCGACAAAAGCGAACCCAAUUCUCACCGUGGGUCCGGGGGGGACGAGUACGAAGACAGUUCCGACUAUGACGACUCUGAUAAUGGCGGAGAUGGUAAAUGGUCCUCGGAUCACAUGAUGGACGGAGAUGACGGCAAUGAUGACGGAGAGGAGGGAUACGACGAAGAUGAGUAUGAUAAUCGACACAACAAUGGAUACUCGAAAGGACGACGAAACGAAGUUGGACAUGCCGGCAACUACGCGGGAAACAGUGACUGCUCUGGGGGCGAAGAUGAAGAUUACGAAGGUCAAGGAAACUACAACAAAGACCACUAUGGUGACGAUGAUUAUAAUGACGACGGAAAAUAUGACAAAAACGAGAGUGGAAAAUACUAUGACGACGACAAUCAGGACGAUGAUGGUGACGAUGUGGAAGGUUAUGGUGAUGGAGGUGGCAAGUAUGAUGAUCAAGAUUACAGCGAUGACUCUAAGUCUGGAGGAGAUUAUGGACAUUAUUCAGAGGAUCAUUAUUCCGGAAGUAAAUCUGGUGACUAUGAAGAAUCCAGCUCCGGAAAAGGCUACUGGUAUGACAGGUCGUCUCACGGUGAUUCCCGCUACGCUGGGAACAAUAAUGGAGAUGUGAAAGGUCAAAGCGGAUGUGACGGAGCCAAAUCUAGAAAUAGCGAUUAUUAUUAUGAGCAGCAGGGUUCAGGAGAAUACAGCAGAGGUUCAGGCUGGGAAGAUGGCGACGCAAAAGGCGAUUACGACCACGGAGACUUUAAGUCUCUGUACAGCAAAAAAUCUGAAGGGUCGCAGGGCAAAAAAACGUUCUCUGGUGAGAAUGCCGGCCACUCCGGUGUAAACGAGCGCGAUGAGGGUCACGUGGGAAAAGAAUCUGAGUCUGAAGGUCAUGAAGGAGGUCAUCAAGAAGGUCACGAAAAGGGUGAGAUACAAGAUGGAGGACACGGUGAAAGCAGCGGUCAUAGUGAUUACGAGUACAGUGAUUACGGAAAAAGUGACAGCGAGCACAGAUUUUCUGGACAUGGUGACAGUGGCAAAAGUGACUUUGGACAUGUUGAUUACAGCGGCCAUAGUGAUUAUGACUACAGUGAUUACAGCAAUAGUGACAGCAAACAUGGUGAAAGUGGGCAUGGUGAUUAUGGACAUGGCGAGAGCGGACAUGGUGAUUCUGGACACGGCGAUUAUGAAUAUAGUUUAAGUGGACAUGGCGAUUCUGGACACGGCGAUUAUGAACAUAGUCUGAGCGGACAUGGUGAUUAUGACUACAGUUUAAGCGGACAUGAUGAUUCAGGACAUGAUGAUUAUGAAUACAGUGAAAGCGGUCAUGGUGGGUCUGGACACAGCGGACACGGUAACAAUUAUGACUGGGAAUUACACGAAAGCCAUGGAGAUCAUGGUGGUAACCAUGGAGACGAUGAACACGGCGAUGAUCAUGACGAUUAUGACAAUGGGGACGAAGGCGAUAACGAUGAAGAUGAAAACCAUGAUGAUUAUGAUGAUGAUGAUGGUAAUGGUGAUUAUGAAGACGAUGAAGAUGACGAUCAUGGUGACUGGGAUCAUGGAGAUGAUGAUUAUGAGCACAACGAUAAAGACGAAGAUGAUGACCAUGAAGAUGAUGAUGAUGAUGAUGAUGAUGAUGAUGAUGAUGACGAUGAUUAUAGCGGACACCACGACUACGAGGAGGACGACAGCCACGACAACUGGGAUCAUGGAGACUUGAAACUUAACAAUGAUGACAGUGGUAAAUACGAACAUGCUGAUGAACACAGCGGUCAUAGUGAAUAUGGACAUGGUGAUUAUGAUCAUGGUGACUAUGAACAUGGUGAUGAACACAGUGGUCAUGGUGAUUAUGGACAUAGUAAUGGAGACAGUAGACAUGGUGAUUUUGAUCAUGGAGAUGAACACAGCGGACAUGGUGAUUAUGGACAUGGUGAUUAUGAUCACGGUGAUGCACACAGCGGACAUGGUGAUUAUGAUCUUAGUGAUGAACACAGCGGACAUGGUGAUUAUGAUCAUGGAGAUGAACACAGCGGACAUGGUGAUUAUGGUCUUAGUGAUGAACACAGCGGACAUGGUGAUUAUGAUCAUGGUGAUGAACACAGCGGACAUGGUGAUUAUGAUCAUGCUGAUGAACACAGCGGACAUGGCGAUUAUGAUCACGGUGAUGAACACAGCGGACAAGGUGAUUAUGGACAUGGUGAUGAACACAGCGGACAUAGUGAUUAUGGACAUGGUGAUUAUGAUCACAGUGAUGAACACAGCGGACAUGGUGAUUAUGAUCACGGUGAUGAACACAGCGGACAUGAUGAUUAUGGACAUGGUGAUUAUGAUCAUGGUGAUGAACACAGCGGACAUGGUGAUUAUGGUCAUGGUGAUGAACACAGUGGACAUGGUGAUUAUGAUCAUGGAGAUGAAGACAGCGGACAUGGGGAUUAUGAACAUGGUGAUUAUGAACAUGGUGAUUAUGAUCAUGGUGAUGAACACAGCGGACAUGGUGAUUAUUAUCAUGGAGAUGAAGACAGCGGAUAUGGGGAUUAUGAACAUGGUGAUUAUGAUCAUGGUGAUGAACAUUAUGGACAUGGUGAUUAUGAUCAUGGUGAUGAACACAGCGGUAAUGGUGAUUAUGAUCAUGGCUAUGAUCACAGCGGUCAUGGUGAUUAUGAUAAUGGUGUUGAUGGACAUGGUGAUUAUGAUCAUGGUGAUUAUGGGCAUGAUGAGUACCAUCAUAGCGACCAUAGUGGUUUCGGGUACGGUGAUGAACACAGCAGUCAUAGUUAUGAGAACGGCGGUCAUGACGAUUAUGAUCAAGGUGAUGAACACAGCAGUCAUAGUUAUGAGAACAGCGGUCAUGACGAUUAUGAUCAAGGUGAUGAACACAGUGGACAUGGUGAUUAUGGAGACGAAGAUUAUGAUCGAGAUAAUGAUAAAAGCGAAUAUGGAAAAUAUAAAAAUAGUGAACAGCAUACCGGGUAUUCAGACUACGAUCACAGUGAUAUAAAACUGUAUCAGGGUCAUGAUGACAAAUACGAGAACUAUAAACAUAGUGGUCAUGGAUAUGGUGAUUAUGGACAUGAAGAUAAACAUAGUAAACAUGGUUAUUACGGAUAUGUUGAACAUGAGGAUGGUUAUCAUGAUCAUGGGGAUGAACACAGCGGACAUGAUCAUUAUGGACCAGGGUAUGAACACAGCGGACAUGAUGAUUAUGGAAAUGGUGAUAAUGAUCAUGGAGAUGAACACAGCGGACAUGAUGAUUAUGAUCAUGGAGAUGAACACAGCGGGCAUGAUGAUUAUGAUCAUGGAGAUGAACACAGCGGACACAAUGAUUAUGGACAUGGUGAUUAUGAUCAUGGAGAUGAACACAGCGGACAUGAUGAUUAUGAUCAUGGAGAUGAACACAGCGGGCAUGAUGAUUAUGAUCAUGGAGAUGAACACAGCGGACACAAUGAUUAUGGACAUGGUGAUUAUGAUCAUGGAGAUGAACACAGUGAUGAAGAUGGUGGCGAUGUUCAUGGAGAUGAACAUGAUGAACAUGGAGAUGACGAAAGUGAAGACGAUGAACAUGGUGAUGAUCACGAUGAUGACCAUGAUGAAGACGAUCAUGGAGAUGAAGGUAGUUCCGACGGACAUGGGCACGGUGAAGAUGACCAUGGCUGCUUCGACCCUGCCCUCCCAGUCAACCCAGAGGCUGAGCAGAAGGACAGGCAUAAGGACUCGGGUACAUUUACUGAAUACAUCGUGGGAAGGGAGCUCAUGAACGUCCUAUUCUAG